AUGCCCGUUACGGUUCGUAUCCCUACGCCCCUGCGCCGCAUGACCAAUGGAAAGGACAAGGUGGAGUUGGAAGAGAGCAACCUUUCCUCUAUGAUUGAAAACCUUGAAGCCUCAUAUCCAGGAAUCAAGGAACGCCUUAUUGAUGAGAACGGGGAACUGCGUUACUUCGUCAACAUUUAUCUGAAUGGCGAAGACGUCCGCUUCCUUGACGGCUUGGACACCUCCGCCGCAUCCGGCGACGAGAUCAGCAUCGUUCCCGCCGUGGCCGGGGGCUAA